AUGGGCUUGUGGCUGCUGGUAGUGGCCGCGUUCGUGGGCGGCCCGGCGGCGGGACGGGCGGCGCCCGCCGAGUGGCCCGGGCCCUAUCCCGGCAUCGCGUUCGAGGAGCUGCAGCCGCUGGUGCGUGCCAACGCCAUCUUCCUGCUGGACGUGCGCAACCGGUCCGAACUACUGGACCCGGGCCGCCUGCCGAACUCCCACAACUUGCCGCUGCACGAGCUGGACGAGGCCCUGACGCUGACGGCUACCGACUUCCGUGAGAGGUACGGUUUCGUGCUGCCGCCACCUGAGCAGGAGAUGGUCCUGAUGUGUCGGUCCGGCCGUCGCAUCCAGGUUGCUGCCGCUAAGAUGAUUCCCGCCGGCUACGGCAACCUGCGUCUCUACUACGGCUCUUUCAAAGACUGGGCGCGCCGCGGCGCGCCCGUGUCUCGCGAAAUUUCGGCGGAAGACGUGCGGCGGCGGCUUGCCGGUGGCAAGGACCUGGUGCUGGAUAUUCGCCCAGCGGCGAUCCGUGAUAAAGAGGGACACGUGACCGGCAGCCGCGCGCUGCCGGCAGAGGAGAUCGCUGGUGCACUGCUCCUGCCACCUAGUGGCUUUGAGAAGAAGUUUGGGUUCCGUAAACCGCUGUACGAUGAUCAGCUCACCGUGCUCGGUGGUGGACAUUGA